AGCAACUUCCGGUUCAGAAAAUGGACUCGUCAAACAGAUAGAGACACCGAAUCUUUUUCUUCAUUUGAAAGCGGUGUAUUUUUCUAUAACUCAAGUUUUAAUACACGCGAGUGGAGUACUAGAUUCUAAUACGGAAACUACUACUCUCAAACAUAAUCUGUUGUUUAAGAUGUCGUUAUCUUACGGUAUUUUGGUGUAAAAGUAAAGAAUAUGGCGGAUCAACAUUCACAGUACAAGAGCAGUCCAAAUGGACCGCCGAAUCUAAACCCUUACUCACAACCAAUGCCUACGGCCCCCCCUGGAGGAUUGCAGUCAAAAAAUGUUCAAGGACAGAACAUGAGUAGACCACCAGUUCCAGGAAAUUUUCCAAAUAAUCCAAUGUCUGUGGGAUAUAAUUCUUCUUUGAAUGGUCAUGGUACACCCCCUCCUAUGAAUAAGUCACCAAUGCAGAGAAUGCCACCCCCAAUGGGGUCACCAGCGAACAGGUUUCCAUCACCAAUGGUGAAUGUUUCAGCCCCGCCACAGACAUUUAUGAAUGGUCCAGUGAACAGGCCUUUAAAUUCAAACUCAUCUCAAGCUUCUGGAAUGCCUCCACAUUCUCUUUCAGCAUCUGGAAAUUUUUCUGGCGGAAUUUCUACUUCACCGGUUCCUGGAGUGCCCCGUUCAAGUUCUGCAAAUGCAAUGAACAAUUUUAAUAUCAGUCAGACUAAUUCCCAUUCAAAUAGUCCAGUUCCCCCAAAUUUUUCUGCUCAACCUCCAGGCAGUAUAGCUGAGCAAAGAUCUGCUUCUCAACAGAGAAUAGACACACCCCCAACAGAGGGAGGUCUGCCUGUACCUUUUCACGGACAAGGUCAAUAUUCUCACCAAGUGGGCAUGUCUUUAACCCCUGGAUUAACACCUAACAAUUCAGAACCAACCUCCACGAGAACCUCUAGAACGUCCUCCCCUGUAGAGACACAGUCUUAUGAUGCUUUGGAAGGAGGAGAUUUCCAAAGCACUCAGAAUCAAUCUUUCCCAGGAGUUGGUAAUGACGGACAAGAUCAACAGAAGCAAAAUCUACCUGGAGCUAGUAACACUUUUAACCAGGGAAAUGUUAACAGAGGGUCCCCAGUCACCCCCAGGAAUCCCUCAACUGCCAUAGGAGGUCCACCAUCAUCAUUCACACCAAACCCAACAGGACAGGGCGGUCCCCCUUAUCCCUACCAAAGUCAAGCAACAACCCAGGGUUCUAUAACUGUACAGCCAGGAAUGGCCCCUAUGGGAAUACCACCAAGAAUGGGAACUCCUACAUCAUAUGGGGGUCAACCACCAAGACAGCAGAGACCUCCACAGCCUGGGUAUGGUCAACAAGGAAUGGGAGUGCCUGGGAGUCAAAUGCCACCUGCAGGAGGUCAAAGACCCAUGGGUACACCCAGACCUCCCAUGGGACGACCACCUAACCCAUACAAUGUUCCCUCCAUGGGAGGUCCUCCUUCAUCAGCGGGGGGUUAUACAGGUAUGCCUCCCACUUCAUUCACUGCCCAGGCACCUGUCACAUCGAUGCCUGGUUCCUUUCCUCCCACAUCAUUUAGUGGUCAGCAGGUACCUAUUGGUGGUCCCCCAUUACCAGGAAGUGGAGGGAUGUACAAUUCAGGCCCCCCAUCAGGACCCACAGGGAUGCCUCCUAUGAGACCUUCAAUGCCGCCAUCAAGUACAGCACCACCAGGGAUGCCACCCAUGGCAAAACCAGGGGUGCCACCAAGCUCUACAAGUUACCCCCAGCCACCAGGUAUGUUUCCUGUAUCAUCAGGAGCACCACCACCAUCAUCUGGAAUGACCCAGCCACCACCAGUAGGGACCCCUACUCAGACGCAACGAGGAGGAAUGGGAGCCACACCCACACGACCAAAAUAUCCACAAAUGCCAGCAUCAUCUGCUAAUACUUGGCAACCAGGGAGCCAAUUCCCUCCUCAGCCAUCCCAGCCAGGGGCUUACCAGCCAAAUACACAGCCUGGAGGUUUCCCUCAGGGUUACCCAGGGUCAAACGCACAGCCAGGGGUGGGGCAGGGGGGAAUGCCGCCAUCAGGCAUUGGAAACUUCCCUAUGUCCUCCCAACAAAGCAAUCUUAAUUCCAGCUUUGGCUCAAUGUCGCUACAGGACAGAGUAGUGAAUCUAUUGAAUGAGAAAAACCUCAUCCCUCCUGAGGGAUUGGAAGUGGUGAAACCAAGACUAAACAAUGAGUUCAAAAAGGUCAACUGUCAGGCAGAUGUAUUCCGAUGCACAUUAACUGCUAUACCUCAAACCUCAAGUUUAUUGAACAAAGCAAGACUGCCUCUAGGAAUAUUAAUUCAUCCAUUUAAAGAUUUAUCGCAACUUCCUGUGAUUCAGUCCAGUGUUAUUGUCCGCUGUCGGUCCUGUCGCACAUACAUCAACCCCUUUGUUUACUUUGUGGAUUCUCGGAGAUGGAAGUGCAACCUCUGUUACAGAGUCAACGAGUUACCAGAUGAGUUUUCCUAUGACCCAGUUAGUAAAACCUAUGGUGAGCCCCAAAGAAGACCUGAGAUAAAGUCGUCUACCAUAGAGUUCAUAGCUCCAUCAGAUUAUAUGCUGCGUCCGCCACAGCCUGCUGUGUACCUGUUCCUGCUGGAUGUCUCCUUUAAUGCGGUAGAGACAGGUUACCUGAGUGUUUUCUGCCAGGUGUUGCUGGAGGAGAUAGACAAGUUACCAGGAGAUUCCAGGGCUCAGAUAGGAUUUAUUGCAUACGACAGGGCAUUACAUUUCUUUAACCUGGCUGAGGGACUGUCCCAGCCUCAGAUGUUGACUGUAUCUGAUAUAGAUGACAUUUUCCUGCCAUGCCCUGAUAAUCUUCUAGUCAAUUUACACGAGAGCAAGGAGCUGAUUCUUGAUUUACUGAAUCAGAUACCUUCGUUGUUCGAAGAAAAUCUGGAAACCGGAAGUGCUCUUGGUGCCGCUCUUCAGGCUGCACACAAACUUGUGAGUCCUGUUGGGGGUCGGGUUACAAUCAUGCAGACAGUGCUGCCUACCGCUGGACCGGGAUCUCUACAGUCAAGAGAGGACCCUAGUCUGCGGUCAGGAAAGAAUGUAACAAAUCUGGGUCCAGCAACAGACUUUUACAAGAAACUAGCAUUAGAGUGCUCAGCUCAGCAAGUGGCAGUGGAUCUGUUUAUGCUGAAUGGCCAGUAUACAGAUAUAGCCUCUAUAUCUUGUAUAUCCAAGUAUUCUGGCGGAUGUGUCCAUCACUACCCUAUGUUCCAUGCUGCUAAAAACCCGUCACUGACUGAGAAGUAUGAGGCAGAUCUGAGGCGGUAUCUAACAAGGAAGAUCGGGUUCGAAGCAGUGAUGAGAAUUAGAUGUACCAAAGGUUUGAGUAUCCACACUUUUCAUGGGAACUUUUUCGUGCGAUCCACGGAUCUUCUCUCCUUACCCAAUGUUAAUCCAGAUGCUGCAUUUGGAAUGCAGAUGUCUAUAGAAGAUUCUCUAGUAGACACAAAUACAGUGUGUUUCCAAGCAGCAUUGCUCUACACAUCAAGUAAAGGUGAGCGUAGAAUAAGGGUCCACACACUGUGUCUCCCUGUUACCAACCAGUUAUCAGAAAUCUACGCAGGAGCCGAUCAGCAAGCUAUCAUUGGACUUCUGGCCAAAAUGGCUGUAGACAGGAGUGUCAGUUCGUCUUUGUCGGAUGCUAGGGAGGCCCUGAUCAAUGCUGCUAUGGAUGCCUUGGCAUCGUUUGGUAACACGAUUCCUCCAGCUCAAAGGAUAGGAAGUCUACCCAUCUGUUACACUCUCAGAAUGAUACCCACAUUUAUACUGGCUCUGCUCAAAAGUAAAGCUUUCCGUGUGGGCGUGAACACACCUUUAGAUGAUCGAGUGUUUGGCAUGCAGCAGUGCAAGAGUUUGCCUGUCGGUCAGCUUCUGAAGUCCGUGUACGCAGACCUUUAUCCUGUCCAUGGCAUUGAAAAAUAUAAUACAGAAAAGAAGGGUGACAUUCUUGUUCCCAAGCUACCUUUGCUUCACCUGUCCUCUGCUAACAUUGAUCGGACAGGUGUAUACCUGAUGGACACCUUUGACACCAUUUACCUGUAUGUUGGCAGUGGUGCUCCACAAGACUUUGUCAGGGAAGUUCUGGAUGCACCUAGCUUUACUGCCAUUCCUGAAGGCAUGAUUGAUCUGCCAGAGUUAGAGAAUGAGAAGUCUGAGAUGAUGAGGAAUUUUAUCACCGACUUGUUAGAUAACCGACCAGGAGGAGCAAGUUUCUACGUGAUCAGAGACGACAGCAAGAGGAGACUACAGUUCUUUGAGCACAUGGUGGAGGAUCGGUCUGAAUCGUCCAUGUCUCUGUACGAAUUCCUGCAGCACCUACAGAAGCAGGUCAAGAGUUGAUGGUUGUCCGGGGGGGACCGCCAGCCAAAAUGUUACGCGUUGAUGUGAUUCCACACAGGAAGGGACAGUUUUAGGGUUUAUUGUGACUUAUUUAUUCACUUCCUGUGUCAAAGGUCAAGUACUAUACCGCUACCAAGUAGUAUAACUGUGAUGAUAUAAACAGAUGUAUUUUAUGACGAUGUGACAUUGAACCUGAUGUACAUGGUGUAGUCAUGUAUUCCCAAGCUUACAAAGCAUAUGAUGGCAUGGUGUGUAAUGUUUUGUUGAUGCAAUUGUCUUUCACCUGGUUUAUGUUGAAUGAGCGAGUUGGUCCUAACUGUGCAGGGCAAUUUCCGAAGCCAUAUGUAUGUUUCAGCUCUUAAUUUAUAGGGGUAAAGUUAAAGACACAUCGAAGAAAACCUAAAUGUCUAGUCUUUUAGAAAUUUAGAGUUCUCUAUAUCUUUUCUUUAUCCUGUUUAAAAUGGAUAAAGUAACUGUUUUGAUGCAUGUUAUAAAAAUGCUCAUACAAUAUUUCUUCAAAAAUGGUGUACAUCUUUUGAUUUAGAAACUAUCGACAACUAUGUUCCGAGUGACAAAAAAUUAUCUCUUAUCAUUAAUUAUAUUUAUCUUACAAUGUUUUUAAAUGUGCAAUUACAUGUCAAAGUUGCUGUGCGCUCAUACUAUCCUUUUAAAUUUUAUUUAUUCGCUGUAACAGUACUUCAUUGACUUUUAUGUGACAUUGAUAGAAGAUUGGAUUGUGAGCUAUGUAGUUAGCAGUAUGUUGUACGAGGUCAAUACACAGUGGGGGUCUCGGCGAUUACGAGGCUAUGAGAGGUGUAUCAUUGGUGCUUAUUCAUGUGUAUUGUGUAGCCCUCAUUGUGGAUAGCCCAUUCUGCUUUUAUGACUGGUGAAGAUCUCUUUAAAUUUGUACAUACAAAUCUAAGUACACUCUGAGACAGGAUGCAAUCUGUUUCAUGUCAAUUUUUUUUAGGAAAGAAUAAAUCUAUAAUAUAAAAGUCAAAAAUAAAAUGGUUAAAGAA